AUGCCCAAAGACAACGCACCCACUGACGCCGAUAUCAUUUUCAAUCGCGCAAAUGUCGCGCUUGCCCACAGCCAGCGCUUAGUCCAGUCGUGGCUUCCCACCAAAACUAGUCAAGAAACGCUUCCCCAGAAGACCCAUCAAGAGUUGUUGAAGGAAGAUGAGGAAUUGUUCAAACCCACACCAGAGCUGUGA